AUGGCUAAAAUCAGUGACUUGUCUGAUGAAUUACUGGUGAAGAUAUUAUCGUUUCUUCCAACAAGAGUUGCUGUAUCAACUAGCGUUUUGUCCAAACAAUGGGAGUUUCUUUGGAUGUGGUUGCCUAAACUUGAGUACGAUGAUUACGAUCACAUUACUGAUCGUUCACAGUCUGCAUUCCAGACAUAUCGGGAUUUUAUUGCAAAGAAUCUGCCAUUACACAGAGCUCCCAUCAUAGAAACCUUGUGCCUUAGAUUUUGUCGUGGAUCAUUAAAACCUAAGGAUUUGAAACCGUGGGUUGGAAUUGCAGUUUCUCGCUGUGUGCGUGAGCUAAGUAUCGGUUUAUCUCAUUUCAAUGUUGUAUCAUUGCCCAGUAGUUUGUAUACUUGCAAAUCGCUCGUGACUUUGAAACUCGAAGGCGAGAAGGUUCUUGUGGAUGUUCCACGAACGGUUUUUCUCCCUUCCUUGAAAACUUUGCAACUUGAACGUGUGACAUAUUCAACUGAAGAUUCUCUUCGGCUGCUUCUAUCCUACUGCCCUGUUCUGGAAGAUCUGAGUAUUGUACGAGAUGAGAAUGACAAUUUGAGAGCGGUAGUUGUUAUUGUCUCGUCCUUGCAGCGUUUAUCCUUAGAGAUACCCGGUCUAUGUUCUUCUGAUGCGUAUGUGAUAGUUACCCCUUAUCUGAAGUAGUCCUAUUUGAUUGAGCAUAUGCCCGAGCUGGAAGAAGCAGAUAUUGUUGUUCUGCAGGAUCCCGAGAAGCUUCUCGAAUCAGUUACAUUUUUCAAACGCCUUUCUAUACGCGUAAUAUUCAACAGUUCAAUACAGACUGUGUAUCGUAAUGGUAUUGUCUUCAAUCGACUUGAAAAUUUGAAGCUAUGUAUAUGCAAUGAUGAUUGGUCAAAGUUACUUGUCCAGUUGCUCAAAGAUUCUCCUAACCUGCGAGUCCUCAAUCUCCUCGUUGAUGAUGUAAGUUUAUUCUAUCCGUCAAUUUAUGGGGAAUAUGAACCGGUUCGCUGGAAAAAUAAUAAGAGCUCCGUCCCUAAAUGUUUGUUGAACAGUCUUGAAACUUUCGAGUUUGCCGGGUACAUGGGAGGACCAGAAGAGAGGGACUUCUUGAGUUUUAUCUUCAAACAUGCGCGUCGCUUGAAAUCUUCAUCAAUCUUGCGCGGUUCAGAACGAUAUUAUGGGUUUUGAGUUUUAUGAGUUAUGUUCCACAAUAGAAACUUGAAAAUGAUCUAAGAGUCGGCGUAUUAUUGUUUUUUGUUGUAUUUGUUCUUUGAAUGUAGAACUUGUUUUCGGACAAUCUAUCGUCUGGUUUUAUGUGGUAAACUACAAUUUGUAUGUCUCUGCGUUGUGGGUUGUGGCCUUGUAAACUACUGGUUCAGAAGCUCAACCCUAAUCAAAUAGUCCCAUGC